UCAUCCCCUUCCGCCCCUGCCUUCGCAAAUAAGCAAACUUCGUUUAUGAGGAAAAAGUGGAAGAACAUUUGCAACCAGUUGUCAGGCGGUUAAUGGUUAAAUUGGAUGUCCUGGCUGCAGAGGACAAUUCGAUGCGUCAAAAAAACACCAUCAGGCGUCGGAAGAAAUCAGAUCCGCGAAUAAUUUUAUGCACGGCGGCAUAAUGCUGGCGACUUAUUUUAGAUGCUGAAGCCUUCCACUGUACUGACGCAGAUGCCUCUCUCUUCAGGUCGGCUCGGCACUGUCCUGAACUGAGUCCGUCACCUGAGUGUUGGCUGGGGGAUCUCUCCCCGGAGCCGCGCGUCCCGCACUGGGGAGACGGGCUUCCCUGUGCCAGCAGCGGCAAGGCGCGCCCACUCCCCAUUGUCUGGGAAUAUGGGCAACUACACUACUUCUGCCAACUGAAAACAAAACCUGGUUUACUGCUCGAGCUUUUUUUUAAAAAAAGCACCGGGGACUAUUAUGAGACUCUGUACUCGUGGGGUGAGAACUUCCAAAAACCAAAUCUGUGCGAAACAAUGCUAAGUACAACAGUCGCACAGAAGUGAAACCGGAGCUGGAGGAAGGCUGAUCCGGAUCCGACCCCCUUCAGCUCAACUCGUCGGGAUGGUGACGGGGGUGUUGCCAUGCCUGCUGCUCGCAUUCCUCACCUGCAGCGUGGCCGUCUGCAGCGGUCAGGGCGAAUUCUGCCACGGCUGGAUAGACGGCUCCGGGAAGUGGCACGACGGCUUCCAGUGCCCGGAGGAUUACGACCGCGAAGAUGCGGCCAUCUGCUGCGGUUCCUGCUCCCUGCGUUAUUGCUGCGCAGCGGCGGCGGCUAGGCUGGCCCAGGGGCGCUGCACCAACGACAGGGAGCGGCACGGCGCCAACCCGGCGGCACAGCCCAUCUAUGUGCCCUUUCUCAUUGUUGGCUCAAUAUUUAUCGCUUUUAUCAUCGUGGGUUCCCUCGUGGCAGUUUACUGUUGUACCUGCCUCAGACCCAAACAACCAAACCCGCAGCCUAUGCGGUUCUCAAUGCGGAAUCACCAGACAGAGACUAUUCCCAUGAUCCCAACCUUCACCACCCUGCGGACACCCUCCAGACAGUCCAGUACUGCCACUAGCUCCAGCUCGACCGGAGGCUCCAUCCACCGAUUCUCCAUCAGCCGAUCCGAGCCAGGACACGGCUGUCUGGUUCCAUCUCCUCCGCCAGCUUACAGCUCCCCCGGCUGCCUACAAGCCGGACAGGGCCUGCACCUCAACCAGGGCCAGGGAUUCCUCGUUCCCCAGCAGUACUUCGCCUACGGCCUGCAGCCAGAUUCAUUCACAAUGGGCAAAAAUUUCAAUGACUUCAGCCAGAAUCGCUUGAAGUCCCAGAGCACAACUUCGCAGAACACUGAACAAGUGAUAUACAACGCAGGUUUAUAAGAGAGGAUGUUUUGGAAUGAGAUUGUUUACAAACAGCAGCAGCAUGAAGCAACCUUCUCUCCCCUUUGGAAAGGGUUGUUUCACAGUUGUGAUGGUGGGUGCAGUCUCCAGCUGCUAGACAACUGACACGGAACACAAUGCUUGAAAGCUGGGUCCCACUGUAGGUCCAGCCAAAGGGGAUAUUGGCAAAUAUUGAUAGGCCUGGUCCACCUCACAAUUAUCUUGAAGGUGAUCAAUUGGUGCUGCUUUCUAAAUUGAUCCUUUGUCCUGUUAUUUUUCACAGAAAAUAUAACUUUAAGUCAUCACGUUAAAAUCACCUUUGAACUAGCGAGCCAUUUCACUUUACAGGUGUGGUCCAGGGAAAGAGCACCAUCUUUCUCUGAUGUACAAUUUAUCUGCCAAUGAUAACUGGAAACCAGCAGAACGUCAUCCACUAAAAUGAGUUCUGAGUUAUGAAUCUCAUCCCUGCCACUGAAAUCAAGCUUACAAGUGUACAUAAUAAAGUGAAAUAUUGAAAUCUCAGUUUGUAACAGAAUCCUCUAGGAAAACUCCGUGGAAUAACCAAUAACUUGAAUAUCAACUUAAGGGUCAUUUAAAAAAUACUAUAUGCUAAGUUCUUCCUCUUUUGAAUGCCUUACCUAAAUAUUGAAAUUUUAAAAUAUUAAUUUAUAGAGAAAUUGUGCAACAUUGUUCUUGAUUCUGACCCAUCUUCCACAUAUUUACAGGACAUCAAAAUUACUAAUUAUUUUAGUAAUCACUUUACCAUUUAAUUAAAUGACUAAACUAAAUUUAUAGUGGAAAAAUUGCAUAGGAAUAUUUUAUAAGAUGUCUAUUCCAAAAUCAUGUUAAC